AUGACUUCGCAAACGAUACAGCAGAUGGAGUCGGCCCGGUCGCUCGCGUUAGGCGACGGUAGAUACUAUCCUACCAUUAUACCGGGUGUGCUCCCUAUCAUCGGUUACAGUGAAGACCAGAGCAUCGAGAUACAGCGCUGGGGUGCCGAGUUUUUGGCAGAGGCCUUUGCAUCGCCAGCAUGGCCCCAGGAGGCCAAGCAGAGCAGCGCGCCCUCGGUGCUGGCUACCCUCAAGGCCUACCUGGAGAAUGUCGAUGACAAGAGCGUCAUCAAGAGUGCCAUCCAGGCGGCCGCGAGCGUGUACCCGCUCGUAUACAAACAUACUGUCUCCGACCCCAGCGAUUCGCAAAAUUGGGGCCUCAUGUUUGGCAUCAAAGCAAACAUUUUGCGACGAAUGGACUCGGCCGCCCCUGGCGUGCGUAUAUGCUGCGUCAAGUUCCUCCAACAAGUCGUCCUGGUACAGACACCAGGCGUGGCAGACCCUAGGCGCGCCGAUCACAACGAUAUUUCCCUCUCCAUUGUGCCCCGCGACCACCCGCUUAUACCGUAUGCGAGCCUCGAGGCUGAAGGACAUGGAUUACUGGAUAGGCUGCUGGAUAUCAUACAUGGGGAUCACAGUGACGGAUUGCUCGUGACUGCCACCUUGAACAGCUUGGGCAUGCUGAUCCAUCGCCGACCAAAUGCUGCAAAUAAAAUCUUGAACAGUGUCUUCAACUUCAAUCCCUUGAAGCUUGCCAAUUCGCCAAUGACGCCUAAGAACAAGGUCAUUAUCAAGUCGAUUGAGCGUACAACAAGGGCACUGCUCGUCAACAUUAUGAAGAGGAACCCCGAGAACCCAAUCAAUGGACGCAUACAACAGUUCCUGGAACGCAUGCAUCGUGCCCGUGUGGAAUUCUUCGAGGAAUCUAAUCGUAAGCGACCAGCACCCGCUGAGCCGACCGAUGGCCUUGAUCACGCCAAGAGACAACGACUUGUGGCUGAGCCCCCCAGUCGUACACCCUCUGUUCAGCCUUUGCCGCCUGGUCCAAUAAGUUGGCGACAAUUAUAUACGCUCAACUCUGAGGGCAGCACUGCAAACUUUGAUGUGCAAAAUUUCAAAGAUCCUGAGCAACUAGUCAGGAUUGUAGUGCCUGUCCUGCAGUCAGUCAACCCACAAAAGCUUGAACAAGCAAUCAAUGCCGUCCGCGCUCGGUAUCAGACACUGCGCCAGAAUGCUGCGAACCAGCCUAUUCAGCCACCAAGCGCUCCUGCUGCAGAAGACGAAGAGGAAUACGAGCCCGACUUUGAACCAGAAGAUGCGGAACAAAUCAUGAACAAGCUUGACGGCAUCCCAUCAAAUCCCUUUCCAACCCAACAAGGCCCAUCCACUGCUCUAGCACCCUUCAAGCUGCCCGAAGCACCUCCAUUAUCCGAACAGGAUGUCCAGAAGUACGGUGACAUGACCGUACAUCGCGCCUUCGGCAUGCUGAGCAGUGUAGAUGAGACACAAAAGAGCAAGGCCACAAAGGGUGGUUUCAACCGUCUAGCAGCAACAGACUACAGCCGCGACGCCUGGGUCACCAUCCUCUCCCGCCUCGCCACACGCGCAAGCGCCGGUCUCGACGACCCCACCGAUGGCAUCAAAGACGAGUACGCCGUGAAAAGCACCACCCGUAGCAGCAGCAACCCCAAAAUCAGCGACUCCAUCCGCGACUCCCUCUACCAAUACAUCCUCUACGACUGGAAACGCCGCAUCGACGUCGCAAUCUCCUGGCUCAACGAGGAAUGGUACAACGACAUGAUCCUCACCCAAUCCGCCGAGUCCCCUUUACCAAACGGUACUGUAAACGGCAUUUCGCCCUCCAAACCGCCGCGCGGAAACUACCACCGCUGCGCCCUCCGCCUCAUCGACGGUAUUCUGCCCUACAUCGAGCACACGGAUAAAAUCCUUCUGCGUUUCCUCUCCGAAAUCCCCUCAAUAGAUUACACCCUCCUUGUUCGCCUCAAGAAAAUGGCAGAGGACCCAGAGCGCAUCGAUCUCGCAUGUAACGCUCUACACUACCUGUACAUGUUUCGGCCCCCAGUCCGCAAGAUCGUCGUUGAUGUCCUCGCGGAGAUGUGGGCGGAGAAUGAGAGGGCCAAGCCGAGUGCACGCAAGCUGCUGCUUAGAUGGAGGCCCGAGGUCCUGGGUAGUGAGAUGGCGGGGAAUAACACGACGCAGUUGGUAGUUAAAAGUGAGGGGGGUGUGGAGAGUGCUGCGGGUAAAGUGGAAGUCGGGGCUGCGUCGUGA